AUCUUCUUCUAAUGGACGAUCCAUCACUCGGGCUCCUCAGUGGCAAUACGGCGGAGGCAGUCGGGGUUGCAUACUGUCUCCUGGUCGCGAAAUCAUGCUGAUUAACCCUUUCCAUGCUUUCUGUCUCCCACAAAACCCGCCCGCCCGCACAUAUUCCACGCUUUUUAUCUGGUGUCACGUCAGACUGUUCCAUGCUGUUUUUACAUCGCGCACCGACCGUUACAUAAAUAGGCGGGGACCUUUGGCAGCUGAAUGAGAUACGCAAAGUUUACGGGUGUCUUGGCAUUCUGCUUUCUUUACAAUCUUAGCCUCUUUUUGCGCUUGACCCUCUAAACGGAUUUUACAACUUCCUUUGACAAGAAGCGAACCGAACAACGUUAUGCUUCGGGGAGGCUUGUGACCAAUGGUGAAAUUAUAUAUCAGUGGCUACAUGCAUUUGUACUAGGUGCGGUCUGUCCCUUAGCUAUGGUUCACUCUGUCUCGAGAAACUUCGAAGAGUUCUACAUUUGCACCAGCUAGACAGCAAUUUCGCGUUUUGUGAUUUUUCCUUCUUUCUUUUUACAGGAAAACAAAUUUUGCUGUGUUUGACACGGUGGAUGCCUUAGAAGAAGAGCUGAUCAAAGUUCGACAUUUCUACCGUGAUCUGGCCUUCGUUUUCCUCGAGCCUACUUCUCGUAAUCCCGUCCUUCAUGUUCAGGUCAGGUUACGAAUAUGCUUGGAUUUUGCCUGUUCACGCCCAACACUUUGUUUUUUUUUUCUCAAAUCGUCAAGAAUGUUCCUCCCUGGUAAUAACUUCCUAAGAGCAUCUACGAAUAUGAGUUAUUCUACGAUUUUGGUGUAUCAUCGAUCCAUCUGAAGCGUUUCUGGAGCUUCGGGCUGCCCGGAAACCCUUUCUUGAAACUGUCACGGUUAAUGGACUGUGACUUAUGUACCUGUUGUCUUGAGGAGAUCUCUUCUUUUUGGGAACGGGCUCACAGUCUUUCCAGCCUCAGUCCAUCGUGUUUUACGUGCGUGUCCGAAUAACGUCCUGUCUUAGAAAUGAAACCACCGAAACACAAAGAUUUAUGGUAGAGGGGACGCUCACCGAUCGUUUCUAUGGAACUUACUCGUCCCGUUGUGCCGUACAGACACUCUCUCGAGCCCAACCAGCAGCCUCACAGCGGCGCAUGAUACAGGCAGAAUAUUAUUACCGACAUAGACAAGGGAGACUGGAAUGGCCAUUCCUGGCUUAUUACCCGUCUUCAGCCAGUUAUACCCGACCCCGAAGUGUGGAACACCUGGGGCUCAAACUCACGACCUGUAAGUUAGAAGUCCAACGCCUCUAGCCACUGGGCCACGGGCUGACGAUUGCUAAUAAGCCAGCAAUGGCCAUUCCACUUCAACUGUUUCAUGGUUUUGGAUUCACCCAUGUGAACCCUGUAGUUCAGGUAGUCCUUAAAGGGAGAAAUCAAUUAGGAUACUAUCAGGCAAACUGGAUGGCCACUCCACGGACUCUUUUGGCCAUUCCAAUGGUCGCUGAAGACCUCAUUUAAAUAGCCAUCGGCAACACAGACACAAUGUGGGACAGUCCCGCCCUCUUCAAACCACGUAUGGUAUCGUCUCCGAAGAGAACCUAACACAGGUGCCACUUGUUUCUGACUAUGGCACCGCUCUAAAAUGAACUUACGUUUGUUACAGUCUCGCGUGCUAUAUUUUAGGUAAUUGGUCCAGCUGUUUCUUUAUAACACCAACACAGGCCACGGUCUUUUGAUCAUCGUACUCUCAACUGUUUUUUUUUAAAUCCACUGUUCCUUACCGUUGCAGGUGGGAGAUGUUUUCCAGUGUCUCAUCUCCUUCGGCAACCUCUAUCCAGAACAGAUAAUUGUGCGAGGUCUGGACGAGUCAAACUGCCGAACGACAUCACCUAGUCAAUCAUCACCAUCCGCUUCCCGUCAGGGUCCCUCCUCGGCCAUGAGCAGCCUUCUGCUUUCCCCGGAUGUCCAAUCAGUGGCUUACCUCCUGCCCGACUUCCCCAAGGACCCCUCACAGCAGCAGCAGAAGAGCGCCACCCGAUGCCCCGAGGUCUCUCUUACCUCUCUUGACUUCAGUACCCCGAGCCGGUAUGCCACCUUCCAGCGCAUCACUCACAUGGCGCGUUGCGCCAUCCAGCACUUCGCUGACUGCCUCGCCCUUCCCCGUUGCUCCAUCUCUCUGUUGACCUGGUUACAUAGCUACCGUAACCUCUACAUGGCGCCUUGUUGUCGAUGUGACCAGCUGCUGGGUCAGGAUGCGUCCCUGCCGGUCUGUCGUGGCUACUCGAAACCUUUCCUGCCGCAGCAUGAAUUUUGCCGACCGCGUCCCCCUCGCGUCCCUGCCUGUUCACCGAACUAG